GAUUUUCAAUGGUAUAAUACCUCUUGGUCGGUCAUUAACGUCAUUAAUUGAGUUACUCUGAAGGUAUCGAAAGAUCGUCCAUCGAAAUGUCUGCAGCAAUAAAUACUGCUCGUCAUUUGGUUAUUUUAUUAAUAAUUGGAUUUGUAACAUACUGCAGUUUCUCCAAUGGAAUCACAUUGUUUUCUUUCCAUCCGCCGUUGAUGUUAACCGGGUUUCUGCUUCUGAUGACCGAAGCAGUGAUGGUGUUUUCGAAUGACAGUGCAUUUCACCAGAAGCUGACCAACAGCAAUCGCCUCGACUUUCACGGUGGCCUACAGUUUUGUGCUGGUAUUUUCAUUGCGCUUGGAUUUUUGUCCAUAAAGUACUCGAAAGUCGAACCGACUGACGAUGAAGAGCCAAGUUUCCAUAGCAAUGUUGGAUAUGCGACAUGCUUAUUAUCCAGCGGAGCGUUCUGCGGUGGAAUAUUGGCUAGAUUUGGAGGAGUGUUGAAGUUACCGGUCAAAUUGAUUCGAAUUUUCCAUGCACUCUUCGGAAGUCUUGCCUACUAUUUGGCAUUGAAUGCAAUCUGCUCAGGAUUGAACAGUGAGUGGCUGCAAAGUCAUGUGUCACAAAACGUUAUCUAUGCUUUAAUGGGAACUGUCAUUGUUAUUGGAGCAGCUGCGGUCUAUACACCGAUUUUUGGAAUAUAUGACCGGGUCAAGAGACUGUUUGCGAAAGACAAAAAACGAUAAUCUUGAGCAACAGUUCAAUGAAUUCCUUUUUUACUUUAGCGUACGGUUACUCGGUUAUGGUUAUUCUAAUUUCAAAUACAUUUAAUUAGCCGUUUCCAUUUGACUUUCAUUUGAUUUU